CAGUAGUGGCAGAUGAUCGCGCUCCUGAUUGAGGUAGAGCAGCAUGAUGUGAACAACUCUGAAGAAUAAUUUCUACAGCUGAAGAUGUCAUCUACCUCUACGUUUGUUGACGAGGCUUCUAGUAUACUCACACGACCUCGUCACGUUCGAAACUUGCUUUGCAUCUUCGAUCACGCAUGCUCUUUUCACACCGACAUAAAAUCAUGUCAAGAAAAGAUGUAGUUGAACAAGGUUUAUUCGAUUGUACUUGAGG